UCUCACGUGACAUGUUGUCACGUGAUCGCAAGCAGCGAUAUGGCGGAUGUGGACCCAACUAAAUCUCUGAACGGUUUACUAAAUGGAAUAGCUCAAAAAGUAUAUUACAACAAUGGUGAAAUAACAGAAGAAUUUUUGAAAAAUGAACUUUUUCCCGACCUCGCGCAAGAGGAAUUUAACGCUUUGCACGAGAAGAUGAGAGGCCUUUUGAAGUCUAUUGCCAUGGCAGAUAUGGACCAGCCCCAGCUGGAGGCCUUCCUGACAGCCCAGACCAAGAAGCAGGGUGGCGUCAACACAGAGCAGGCUGCAGCCCUCUCCCGCUUCUGGAAGGGUCAGCGGGGCCGGGUCAGAGAGAGCCUGCUGGGCCAGAGCCGAUGGGAGGCCGGCCUGAGGGGCCUAACUUGGAGGGUCGACCUUCCGACUUCGGCCAGCAGAGGAGAGGCGGCCAGCAGCCCUGUGGCCUUGGUGGAGUUGGAGCUGGGAAGGACUGGAGAGGACUCCGAGUUUGUGUGCCUGGAGUUUGAUGAGGCGAAGGUCAACCAGGUGUUAAAAAAGAUGGCAGAUGUUCAGGAGAGCAUCGACAGCAUCGUGCAUCGCAGCUAGUACGGUGUGCAAGCCCUGUGUGUUUGUAAUGUGUGACUGUGUGUGUGCGUGUCAAAUUGUGAGAAAGAGAGCGUGUGUAACAGAGCAAAUAAAAAGGACUGCAUGGAUGUAUAUAAGUUGUAAGUGCAUAAGUAAGCAUUUUGUGUGUGUGUGGAGAUGUCGUGCAGUUUGUGGCAAGCGUUGGGUGUGUUGGGAAGAAUGUUCAUAGUGCCCCAUUUUGUGGUUUCCUGCUCUAUUGAUGCUCAAUUCCUGUUUGGGUCCAAGGUGUAAGGUUAAAAGAAGAAGUUCCGUGAGAGCAAGCUGCCAUAUUACCAGAAUUUGCUGCAUACUAGUCUGUUGUACCCAAUGGAGCCUAUCUUUCUUUGAAAAUCAAAAUAUUUCUGCUUUCAUAUUCAUACUUUUGCUUAUAGAGAUCAUGUCAUAUUGUCAGAGAAAAUGGCUUGUUGUACAUAUUAA